ACUUCUGGACACGUGUGUUUUGUUUAUGUUUCUGUCUCCUCCCUGUUCUGUCAUUGGCUGGGAUUUCACGUGGGUCUGAAUUGCUCUCAGCUGCUAGCAGUUUAGACGCUGAUUAUGUCCGCAUAUAUACCGCGCGACUCCCAGCACACAACGCGGAAGAGUAAAUGUUUAGAGUUAGUUUAGCACGUAUCAUAGUCACGGUCCCUGUUUAGAGUUAGUUCGCGGUGGAUUAUCCGCUUCCAGUCCCUCGUCAUAGUUCGUUUCUUGUUUUGUUUAUCGACCCUGUUUUCCGUGACAACGACCUAGAUUCCUGCCUUGCCCCGUGUAUGCCUAUUUGCCAAUCGCCUGACCUCUUGCAUGUUUGUGGAUUACGUUUUGGAUUUGUCUGCCUGUUUGUCUUUCUAAUAAACAACUGUUCAUCCUGCACUUGCAUCCGUCCUAUCUCUGCUCCGUAACGAUUCGUGACAGAAUCUUCCGCCAAAACAUGGAUGCAGCACGAGGACGAGAGAGAAGUCACGCCACAGAAACCAGGGAAGUAGUAGGACAAUACCGCAUCGGGGAACGCUCGGAUUACUGGCCGCAUUUUUCGUCCGUGCAAUUUCCCCAAAGGUACGCUGUUGAACUGCCACCAGAGACAGCGGGAUUGGGGAGCUACCCGCUGGAGUUCCUCUUCAGCUGCCAGGUGUAUUUCUGCAGCUUGGCGUUUCCAAAGCCUACUAAGAGAGAGUGGAUUGGGUUCCUGGUGUCCAGGUUUUCCGGUCCGGCCCGUGACUGGGCGGAGCAGCUGGUGAGUGCUGGGUCGCCAGCCCUCCAUGAUGUCACUCAGUUUGCAGAGCUGUUUAUGGAGGCAUUUUCACAGCCUGGACAACUUCGUGGUCUUGAUUUACUGGGGUGGAGAGUCAAUGGACAGCCCCAGGUGGACCCACCAUUCAACCUCUAUUAUGAGGAGAUGGACAGGGCAGUAACCAGCGAUCCACUUCAGUUUCCGGUCAACGCAGGGGCGAAAUCUCCAAGAUGUAUGACCGAGGGCUGCGGGAGAGAAACUCAGCUUCAAUGUCCCACCUGCAAGAAGCUGGGCCUUCAGGAAGCUUUCAUCUGCUCUCAGGAAUGCUUCAAGAGCAGCUGGCGGGAGCAUAAGAAACUCCACCGGAGAGCUCGUGCAGAGACCCAGCCCGGGAUCAACAGGGUGACCUCGGAGCGCCCGUCGGAGGUCAUAGCACCAGAGCUCAACCCUGAAGCCCAAGUCCAAGUCUCAUCUCAAGUCCCUGAAGCCCAAGUCCAAGUCAAGUCUCAAGUCCCUGAAGCCCAAGUCCAAGUCAAGCCUCCAGUCCCUGAGAUCCAAGUCAAGCCUCCAGUCCCUGAGAUCCAAGUCAAGCCUCCAGUCCCUGAAGUCCGAGCCAGGUCUCCACUCUCUGACGUCCGAGCCAGGUCUCCAGUCUCUGAGGUCCGAGCCAGGUCUCCAGUCUCUGAGGUCCGAGCCAGGUCUCCAGUCUCUGAGGUCCGAGCCAGGUCUCCAGUCUCUGAGGUCCGAGCCAGGUCUCCAGUCUCUGAGGUCCGAGCCAGGUCUCCAGUCUCUGAGGUCCGAGCCAGGUCUCCAGUCUCUGAGGUCCGAGCCAGGUCUCCAGUCUCUGAGGUCCGAGCCAGGUCUCCAGUCUCUGAGGUCCGAGCCAGGUCUCAAGUCCCUGAGGACCGAGCCAAGCCUCCCGUCCCUGAGGACCGAGCCAAGCCUCCCGUCCCUGAGGACCGAGCCAAGCCUCCCGUCCCUGAGGACCGAGCCAAGCCUCCCGUCCCUGAGGUCACGUCCAAGCCUGCUGAUCCAGUUGACCAAGCUCUGCUAAUAUCUCAGCCUAAUGACAAAAUGCUGCUCACGCCCAAGUCUACCGACCCGGUCGCCCAAGUUCAGCUCACGUCCCAGUCUGCUGACACGCACAGCCAAGUUCCGCCCGCGCCCCAGUCUGCUGACACGCACAGCCAAGCUCCGCCCACGCCCCAGUCUGCUGACACGCACAGCCAAGCUCCGCCCGCGCCCCAGUCUGCUGACACGGCCAGCCAAGCUCCGCCCGCGCCCGAGCCUCAGCCCGCCUGUUCAGCUGAGGUCGUCGCUCAGCCCGCCUGUUCAGCUGAGGUCGUCGCUCAGCCCGCCUGUUCAGCUGAGGUCGUCGCUCAGCCCCCCUGUUCAGCUGUGGUCGCCGCUCAGCCUUCCGGCUCCAUGGCAAACGUCGUUCCCCCCUACUGCUUCGAGGAGACCCAUGCUCCUCUCCCUGGCCGCACGGAGACCCACGCUCCUCUCCCUGGCCUUACAGGGGACUUCGCUCUGCCUUCCAGUUCAGCUGGGGUCGUCGCUCCGCUUUCAUGCUCCGCCGAGGACUUCGCUCAGCCUGCCUGCCCGGCUGUGGAUGUCGCUCUGCCUUCAUGCUCCGCCGAGGACUUCGCUCAGUCUGCCUGCCCUGCUGUGGUCGUCGCUCUGCCUUCAUGCUCCGCUGAGGACUUCGCUCAGCCCGCCUGCCCUGCUGUGGUCGUCGCUCUGCCUUCAUGCCCCGCCGAGGACUUCGCUCAGCCUGCCUGCCCAGCUGUGGAUGUCGCUCUGCUGUUUGUGUUUGUGGAUUACAUUUUGGAUUUGUCUGCCUGUCUGUCUUUCUAAUAAA